AGCUGGCUCCUCCUCUUCCUCUCCUCUAGUUCGGCCCCUUCCCCCCAUCCCCCAGCGCCUAGAUCUCCCCGUGCUUGACCUGUCCUCAGUUUCCCCAGCCGCGGGACGAGUCCUCCAUGGUCCCUGCGGGAGCCCAGGUAGAAGCCUUGCAGCCCGUAGGCUGGAGAAAGUCCGGCGGCUUCCUCCGGCGUGUCUCAGCUUUGUCCCCUCGCCCCUAGGUUUGGUAAUGCAGCAGGUCUGGUGAGGGGAGGCCCCCACAAUGGCUCUGACCGACUUCGUGCUGGCACUGAAAGACAACCCGUACUUCGGGGCAGGUUUCGGGUUGGUGGGUGUAGGCACGGCCCUGGCCCUGGCUCGCAAGGGCGCCCAGCUGGGCCUGGUGGCCUUCCGGCGCUACUACAUGAUCACCCUGGAGGUCCCGGGCCGGGACCGCAGCUAUUCGUGGCUGCUGAGCUGGCUGGCCCAGCGCGGCUCCCGCACCCAACACCUGAGCGUCGAGACGUCGUACCUGCAGCACGAGAGCGGCCGUGUCACCACCAAGUUCGACUUCGUGCCCAGCCCGGGAAACCAUUUCAUUUGGUAUCAGGGCAGGUGGAUCCGGGUGGAACGAGUCCGGGAGAAACAAAUGAUCGACUUGCAGACGGGGACCCCUUGGGAGUCGGUCACUUUCACCGCCCUUGGCACGGACCGAAGUAUUUUCUCUAGUAUCCUGGAGGAAGCCCGAGAACUGGCCCUAAAGCAACAAGAGGGGAAGACGGUGAUGUACACAGCCAUGGGCUCAGAGUGGAGGCCAUUUGGUCAUCCUAGACGGCGAAGGCCCCUAAAAUCCGUGGUGCUCGAUGAGGGUCUGGCUGAGCGCAUCAUCCAAGAUAUUCGGGAAUUCAUCAAUAAUCCCAAGUGGUACAGCGACAGAGGCAUUCCUUACCGGCGCGGCUACCUUUUGUACGGCCCCCCUGGCUGUGGAAAGAGCAGUUUUAUCACAGCUCUGGCUGGGGAACUGGAACACAGCAUCUGUCUGCUUAGUCUUACUGACUCAAGUCUCUCUGAUGACCGGUUGAACCACUUGCUGAGUGUAGCCCCACAGCAGAGCCUGGUGCUACUGGAGGAUGUAGAUGCAGCCUUCCUCAGCCGGGACUUAGCAACAGAAAACCCAGCAAAGUACCAAGGUCUGGGACGUCUAACUUUCAGUGGGCUGCUUAAUGCCUUGGAUGGAGUGGCCUCUACUGAGGCACGAAUUGUCUUCAUGACUACCAAUUAUGUUGACAGGCUGGACCCUGCCCUGAUACGUCCAGGUCGUGUGGAUCUGAAGGAAUACGUUGGCUAUUGUUCACAAUGGCAGCUAUCCCAGAUGUUUCAGAGAUUCUACCCUGGGGAAAUGACAUCUGUGGCAGAAUCUUUUGCUGAGCGAGCCCUGUCAACCCAGCGCCAGCUCAGUCCUGCUCAGGUCCAAGGCCACUUCAUGCUCUUUAAGAAUGACCCUGUGGGGGCUGUAAAGCAUGCUGAAGCUCUUGGUGUGACCAAUCUCCAGAUUUUUCAAACCAAUAAACGCUAUUCACAGUACCAGUGCCUUCCUCCGAUUAAUUUUCUUAAUAGUACUUACGAAUGGGGAAAAGGGAGAGGGGAUAGGGUUAAGUAGGGUUGUCUGAAUAUCGGGACUAACAAGAGGUUCCCACUUACCCUUAGGUUAUAUAUAAAUCGCCACAGUUGAGGAAACAGAACACAUUUAGGAGUAUGUUCCUUUUUCUAGCACUGAUGUCCCUCACAACUUCCAUAUACAUACAGAAGGAUUUAUGG